AAGAAAAUUAAAUUUCCCAACUUCCCCCAACCCCACCUCUAACUCCCUUUACAAGCUGCUACUGCAAACUAGAAAAGCAAAUAGUAUAUUAUAUAAGUAACAUUCUAUAAGUCUCUCUCUCUCUCUAAGUUAUAGCAAAAUGGAGUUUCAAAACUUUUGCUUGGUAUGCAUCUCGAUGCUUAUUCUAUUGAAUUUUGCAGAGUGUGAUGUAAAGGAAGAUAGAGAAAAAUGUGAAAAUCAACUAAUAGGGCUGGCAACAUGCCUGCCCUAUGUGACCGGGGAGUCCAAGGCCCCCGCGAGCGAUUGUUGCACUGGCUUCAAACAAGUCUUGAGAGAUAGCCGCGAGUGCAUCUGCAUUUUGAUCAAAGAUCGAAACGACCCGAGUCUAGGGUUCAAGAUCAACGCCACCCUCGCCCUCUCCCUCCCCGCCAAAUGCAAGGCCCCCGUCAACGAGUCCAUCACAGAGUGUCCAACUCUUCUUCAUCUACCACCAAAUUCACCGGAUGCUAAGGUGUUUGAUGAUUUUGCAAAGAGUGCUAGCAAAAGCAACACCACAACUACUACUCCUACCGCAAGCUCGUCGAGUGAUUCAUCUGCAUCGACAACUGCUAAUGAAAAGAGUGACGGAGGAGAGAAGAAGAUCUUGAUAGAGGCUCAAAGGGUUGUAGGAGUAUUCAUAGCUAUGGGUGCACUUCACAUUUUCAUGAAUCGUUAAUGUCGAAAGAGUGUUUUUGUUUAUCAUUUGCAUAAUUUUUCUCCUUUAUUUUAUCUUACUUUGCAUAACAAUGUCAAGGGUGAGGUUAGCUUAGAUAUUUAGGUUGUUUUUAAAUGUUUUUAUAUUAGAGAAUACCUUUGUAAUAUUAUUCUUAUGUUUUGAGAAUAAAUAAAUAGUGGGAGCCCUUAUUGUCAAA